AUAUUAUCUAAAAAAUCAUUAUAAUUUUGGGGGACUUUUAUUUUGAAGGGUGGAUUGGUUUUCGGGGGUUGAGAGUGAGAGAGGAGAAGAAGAACGGGGUUGUAUGGUGACGCACAGAAAAAGUGAGUGUUGUAUUUGAGAAGCUCGUCCGAUAAAGUGACUUAACGAAAGUUAAUCGGGGCUUAGAUCGAAUAAAGGACAACAUCAAGUAAUUUUUGUGAGCUGUGCCUCGCGUCUCGUAGUUUUUUUUGUGAGUUCGAUCUGUGAAUCGCAUUGCGUUGGACUGCUGGAGCGACGCAGUAAUGUUUGUGAAGGCUAUAAGAACUGUGAGUGUAUUUAAAGCACAAGUUCAGCUUGAUUAGUGACGAUUGAAGAGAUUUUAUUUUUUUUUCUCCACAUUUUUGUUAAAGUUUUGGACUUCUUCCAUCUUGAAACGCUCGUACAAACUAACGUUUCAGGAAGUUUGGUCACGCGCAUUUUAGUGUUCGGUACGUGUUAUCGGACGUGAGAUGCAAAUUUCUGUCUGCAGUUGGUGCUGAACAUCGGGGGUUUUUUUUCUUCAGAAGAUUUGAGUUUAAGACUAUUUUGUGUUACCCUGCCAUCCAACGACAUCUUAGUUUGACAUCUCAGUGGUGUAUCGCAGUUUAAUACAUCCCUGUUGGUUCAUUUCAUUUUGAUUCACCUCAGUUUGAUUCAUUCGCUUUCGACUCAUUUUUGAUUAAUUUUUUUUGUGGGACAUUUCAUUGAGCUUGGGUGACAUUCCUACGAAAUCUCAAGAUAAUUUCAACGCACGCUACGUCAAGACAACUCAUCUCAAUUCCUUAUUUUUUUUAUAUAUAUUUUUUUUGAUCCGAGGAACUUUGAACUGUGAGAGUUCGGUUGAAUCACAGAACUUAAAGUGAACUGAAGCUGUCAAGGAGUAGGGGCAUCUCAGCUACUUUAUUAGACCAGAGGAGGGAGGAAUAUAUUAGAUUUUUCUCACACCCCUACUUUUACUUCAGGAAGCCAGUGACAUUACUUAAGCUGAAGCCUACCCUCGUCGGUCUGUACAUUCCAAUAAAGUAGAACACAACAUACAUACAAUUAGUGUGUAAUGAGAUUAAAAGCACUGGAAGCGGGGACUAAGAUCUUUUCGUUAUUCAGUCUUCCGUGGCAGCACUAAUACAUUUUCCCCUACAAGACGGGUUAAAUACUCGUUACAUAAGUGGCGUCACGAACAGGAUCCAUACUUAGCCUAAUUUUUGUGGUUGUUGUAGUAUUCUGUCCCAGGUCUGUGAGCAAGAGGGAAAUGGCAGAACUGGAAGAACUGAAGAAGGAGUUUGCUGAAAUGCAGAAGAGGUUAGCGGAGCAAGCUGGGGCAUUGGAUCAUGCCAGAACGGAACAAAGAGAAGCCCUGUCACUGGCCAGAGCAGUAAUGGAACAGCAAGCAUCCACUCGUGCAACCCCAGCAACGAUCUAUAUUCCAAGAGAUCAUAAGCUUACAGAUUUCACUGGAACCACAAAACCUGGAGAAGGAAGUGUGGAAGAGUGGAUUGUCUCUAUGAAAUCAGCCUUUCGAGUCAUGAAGGUGCCAGAAGAAGAUCAGGUGGAGCUGAUAAAGCAGCACUUAAAGGGGGAGGCUAAAGAUACUGUGAGGUUCAUGAUGGAAGAAGUGGAUGACUGUGUGGAGUCCAUUUUUCAGCUGCUUCAGGAAACCUAUGGAGACAAGGUACCUAUUGGCACAAGGUUGAAAGACUUUUAUGAUCGAAAACAAGCACCGAAUGAGACCAUACGUGCCUAUGCUUACGAUUUACGAGAAAAACUCAACAAAGUGAAGCGCAGAGAGCCCAAACGAGUUCCAGACGAAGAGAGUGUUUUGAAAGAGCAGUUAGUCCUUGGAUUGAGAGAUGAUUUCCUGAGAAGAGAGAUGAAACGGAGGGUCAAGGAAGAGCAACGGUUGACUUUUGCACAGCUGAUGCAGGACGCCAUCACAUGGUCUGAGGAAGAGGAAGCACAAUCUGAAGGUAACCUGAAGACCCCUGUGCGUGCGAGAGUAGCAGUUCACACUACAGUUGCGACUGGUGACAAUCCAUCCUCACUGACACUAGAAAAGUUGCACGAGGCAAUAGAGAAAAUAGCUGCACGACAGGAAGAAUUGUACAGAAUUGUCCAUAGUCAAGGGAGAGUUGAUCCCCAGUCUGAUGUUAUGAGAAGACCGCCUCUGAGAAACAGUGAAGGGCAAUAUAUCUGUUACACAUGUGGUCAACCAGGUCACACCAGUCGACGUUGUGGCGAUUUGGAAGAAAUCCAUGCCAGCUUUUCACUUUUUCUAAUGGGCGGAAAUCAAUGAAGGAAAUUUAAUAUAAAAGCGAGUUUAGAAACGGAAGUGAAAGAGAGGGAAGUAAAAACAAAACACACGUGUAGG